AUGGCGAUCCGGCGACAAUCAUCAGCAGCAGCUUCUCCACUCCUGCCGCCGGUGGCUGCUCUUCUGUUCCUAUGGAUGUUUGGCGGGGGGCGUGUGAUGGCACAUACUGAGAUUCGCAACAUGACGGCACUCCAGAAACAUGUCUCCUUUUUCGACCGUAACAAGGAUGGCAUCAUUACCCCUUCGGAAACAUUUGAAGGGUCUGUCGCAAUUGGUUUUAAUGUUACAUAUGCCAGAGAAUUUGCCACCUUGGUGCAUGCUGCUAAUGGUCCUAUAACAAGCCCCGCUGAUGCACCAUUGCCUCACUUAUCAAUAUACAUAGAGAAUAUGCACAAAGGAAUGCAUGGGAGUGAUACCGGUGCAUUUGAUGUUAAAGGAAGCUGUAGGUUUGUUCCACAAAAGUUUGAGGAAAUAUUCGUAAAGCAUGCAAAAACUAGACCAGAUGGUUUGACAUAUUUGGAGUUGGAGGAUAUGAUCCUAGCAAAUCGAGAUCCACUGGACCCUGCAUCAUGGGAGGGACCUCAAAUAGAAUGGGGCGGAAUAUACAACGUCACGAGUGACAAUGAUGGAUUUCUUCAUAAGGACGAUGCGAGAGUUUUGAAGUCUGAACCUGAUCCUGAUGGCUCCACUAAUUCUAUUCUGAACGACAUAGUGAGCAUUGAUGGGACUACUUGUGGGGCUGUUCUAAAUCUGGAAAUAAGAUGCAAGUGGAGAUUGAACAGAGCAGAAACCCCGAAUAAGUUUUUUACCGGUGGCGGGAUGUACUGGUGGAGAAUCAGCCAUCUAUACAAUUUUAGGGAUUCGUGCAGCUAUUUGAGGUAUAGAACCAGUUAA